UCUUUGUCUUCCACGGUUCCACCUUCAAAAUCUCACAAACCCUAACCCUAACCCUAACCCUAACCCUAACCAAAAGUCUCCGAGCAUCCAUCAAUGGAGGCUGAUCCGCAAAACUCCGACGAGAGACCCUUCCGCCUUUUCUCCUCCAAAUCUAGACCUCCUCCCCAAUCCUCUUCCCGCCGCUCCCCUCUCUCCAACCCAACUUCCAUCUCUGACCAUGCCGGAGGGACGGCCACCAUCGCCUUCUCCGACCUUGGUCUUUCCCAGUGGGCCACCUCAACAUGCCGCGAGCUCGGCAUGCGUUGCCCCACCGAUGUCCAGCGCUGCUGCAUCCCCAGGAUUCUCUCCGGCUCCAAUGUCACUGCCGUUGCCCUUACCGGCAGCGGCAAGACAGCAGCCUUCGCCCUCCCUAUUCUCCACCGCCUCGCGGAGGAUCCUUUUGGUGUAUAUGCCCUUGUACUCACCCCGACCCGUGAGCUCGCCUUUCAGCUCGCGGAGCAGUUCCGCGCGCUUGGCUCUUCUCUCAAUGUGCGAUGCACUGUUGUUGUGGGGGGCAUGGACAUGACUGGCCAGGCCCGGGCUCUAGCGCAGCGGCCGCAUAUUGUAGUUGCUACUCCUGGGAGGAUCAAUGUUCUUCUUGAAAAUGACCCUGAUUUGCCUGCUGUGUUCUCCAAAGUCAAGUUUUUAGUUUUGGAUGAAGCGGAUAGGGUUUUAGAUGUUGGUUUCGCAGAGGAACUCAAAGUUAUUUAUCGAUGUUUACCUCGAGAUAGACAAACUCUUCUAUUUUCUGCGACUCUGACAGAUGACAUGGAAGCUCUUAAUGAGAUUUCUGGAGAUAGAUCUUACUUCUAUCGUGGAUACAAGGGAUUUAAUACGGUUGAUUCCCUAAACCAGCAUUACAUAGUGACACCUAAAAAUGUGAAGGAGGUUUAUCUUGCAUACCUUUUGUCAAAAAUGAAGGAGAAGAGCAUCCGCUCAUCAAUUAUAUUUGUAUCUACAUGCAGAAGUUGCCAUCUUUUGAAUUUGUUAUUGGAAGAGCUUGAGUUCUCUGUAGUGGCUCUGCAUUCUUAUAAAUCUCAAUCAUUAAGGCUUGCUGCAUUGAGUCGAUUUAAAUCUGGUCAAAUUCCUAUCUUGCUUGCUACCGAUGUAGCCAGUAGAGGUUUGGAUAUUCCAACAGUUGAUCUUGUCAUAAACUAUGACAUUCCGAGAUUUCCUCGUGAUUAUGUUCACCGUGUUGGACGAACGGCAAGGGCUGGCCGAGGUGGACUUUCCAUAAGUUUUGUUACUCAGAAUGACGAGCGCCUUGUUAAAGUGAUAGAGGAUGAAAUAAGGAAAAGGAAAGUUCGGAUGCAUAUAAAGGCUUUUGUGUAUGCUACUAGUGAAGUUCAAGAUUCUUUGGCCCUUCUUCCUAAUUCAACUUUCCUUUUUCAGCAAAGAACCUAUAGCUAG